UUUCUUACUUUGGUUGUGUACAGUACAGCGCCCCCUUUGGGCGCAUCCACCUUUCUUCUCAUAGCACCGCCCGCCCUUCCUGAUAAUAACCACGACCGAGCGUCCCCGCGUCGGUACUCGUGCCUGUGAGGUGCCACAGAACUCCGGCGUGGAAAAGCAGUGUGUGUAGCUAGCUGUCUGAGCUACCAUUUUGCAGAUAUGCUUGCUGCGGUGCGGUGUGUGCUUUCCAAGCUGAUUUCUCCAUUGUGGAGGACAGUAGAGGUGGAAGGAGACAUUUUCUCCAGUGAGCCAGGUAGUACAGACAUUCGCCACCUGAGGGGCCGUGUAGUGACCCAGCUGUGUCUUGACUAUGGCAUGAUAGACGAUGCAAUUUACUUCACUAGUGGUGAGGUCUUGGGUGGCGUGCCACUGAAAGAAGGAGACCUGGUGAACUGUAUAGCAGUAAGAGAUGGUGCCCAAGGGGGGUGGAAAGCUUUAAGGGUGGAGAAGAGUGCAGACGCUUGGGAGGAUGGAGGAAAAACCUCCUUAGAAGCUGAAAACCUGCAGCUGCGGCCUCUUAUUGGCACAGUCACAUCAUUUGAUGGAGAUGGUGGCUACAUAAAUCAGACCACAUACUUCCCACGCCACAGUCUUUGGGAAGGUUAUGAGCCAAUGAAAGGAGACUGGGUCCAAGCAAAAUAUUUUAUUAACCCUAACCAGUGGACUACCCAGGCUCAUUCUGUGGUCCCGUUACGCUAUUGCCGCCUAGACCAAGUGCGUGUGACCAGCACCUAUGGUCGCAAUGGAGUGGUGGAUAACAGUGUUUUCUUCAGCCUGGACUCUCUGCUGCUGCCUGCCCAUUACCAGCCUUUGCUGGGAGACCUGGUUAACCUGGUAAUGGUGGAGUGCCGUCAGUCUUUCUAUAGUUGGAGGGCUCUUUGCUUGGCACCCUGCUCUCAGAGUACAAGUCUUUCUGCUACACCUCUCCAAGAGGCUGAACUAAAGAGCAUCUUAGAAAACAAAGGAGGGCUGAAUGUAACAGACUACGGCCAGUUUGGGGAUUUGAUGAUUGGGGAGAUACGGGAGCUGGUGUUCUGGAUACAAAAUAAAGGUUCAGAGACCCACAAGCUGACAUGCUGUGACUUUGCUGGCUGGGACUCUGAAGAACAGUUCAUGCUGGUUAUUGAUAAAGGAUCCACAUCACUGAGGCAAAAAGGAGAACAGUUGCAAGAAAACUCUUCUGAGUCUUCAGAAAAACAAGAGAGAGAGGUAAAAGAUGUAGACAAAGAAAAUGGUGAUAUGCUGAAGGUGACGAUUCAGUCUGCUGGUCUAAGAAGAAGGGAAAGCGAGGUGGAUAUUUUACCAGGAGAGAGACUGCCGGUUGUAGUAGCCUGCCGAGCUAAGAGCCUGGGAGCUUGUGCUGAGCUGCUACUGCUGCGCUUCUCUUGUUUCACCAUCGGGAGGUGCCUGGAGGUCACAGUGCACAGUGAAGAGGAGACCGCGCUGCAGCCCACUGUGCCCUACACGCCUGUUGAUUAUCGCCCAGUGUCAGUGACACCUUUUCACGUGAUUACGGUAGCUGCUCCGAAUGAGACACCAAGGCUUCCUAAGCGACGGCUGCCACACUUCCUACCCAGCUACCCAGUGCCUCAGGCUCUAAGGAACUGUGUGGAAGCACAGAGUGAUGUCCUGGUAGUUCAGCCCUGCCUUGGAGAGGCACUGUCACCAUCAAACAUGCAUUCACGUUUCUCGGCCCUUCUGUGGCUGGAAGAAUUGCAUGCAGAAAAGGAACUGAGAGAAUUUUCAAUCAGUGGAGCUCUUCUCAGGAAAGGAGCUGUGUACCUGCACCUCCAGGUCCUCGGUUUGGCUGAAGGCAGACCUAAUCUCAAUAUAGGGGACAGAGUAGUACUGAAGAAACCACAGAGUGAUGGUGUGCUAUUGGAGUACAUUAGUUAUGUUACAGAGAUCAAUGAUGAAGAUGUGAGUUUGAAAGUGAACUCAGACUUCCAGCACAGCUACCUCGGAGAGCCACUUGAUGUUGAGUUCUCUUACAACAGAUUGACCAUGAGGCGGUGUCACAGUGCGCUUGACCAGACAAAACACUUUGGGGAGAUUCUCUUUCCCUCCAGAGUGACUCCUCAGACCCCUCGGUGGACUGGAAAAUGGAUAGAUGACCUAGACCAAAACAAAAUGGUGGAGGGCAAUAAGGUUCCUGCAACAGAAAAUGGAAAGGUGGCAGGCAUUACCACUGACAUGAUGUCAAAAGCCACACAGACUAAAGAUUGUGCACCAACAUCUAAACCCAUCCCCAGCAAAGGGCACUUCUUUAACCCAGACCUGAACCCCCCUCAGAAAGAGGCAGUGAAGAGGAUCCUAGCUGGGGCGUGUCGGCCCAUUCCGUAUGUGCUCUUUGGACCUCCGGGUACCGGAAAGACGAUCACCAUUAUAGAGGCCAUACUGCAGGUCUACUACUUCAUGCCCAGUAGUCGGGUACUUGUGUGCACCCCUUCGAAUAGUGCCGCCGACCUCAUCUGCAUCCGCCUACAUUACAGUGGCUUCAUGCAUGAUGCGAAUUUGGCCCGCGUCAAUGCGUCCUGUAGGCAGAACGAGUCUAUCCAGAGGUGCUGAGAGUGUACUCUAGGGCAGGAGAGGACAUUCGUCAAGCUGCUUUCCACAGGAUUGUGGUCAGCACCUGCUCCAGUGCCGGCAUGUUCCAUAAUAUAGACCUACCAGUGGGACAUUUUACCCAUCUGUUUCUGGAUGAAGCCGGCCAAGCCACUGAGCCAGAGUCCCUGAUCCCAAUGAGCCUUUUAUCUGAGACAGAUGGACAGGUAGUUUAGCAGGAGACCCCUGUCAGUUGGGUCCAGUGGUGAAGUCUAAGCUAGCCCUUGCCUUUGGCUUUGGGGUAUCUUUGUUGGAGAGGCUGAUGGCCAACCCUCUGUACGCCAGACAUGACUGGGGCUACACCCAAAGCUGGUAACUAAGCUGGUCUACAACUACCGUUCUCAUGAGGCCUGCUCACGCUGCCUUCCAAGCUCUCUACCAGGGAGAACUGUGUGUAAAGCCCCAGGGCUAUUGUGGACUCCCUCUGCCAGGGGAAAAAUCUGCCCAAAAAAGGAUUCCCACUCCUUUUUCAUGGAGUCAGGGGGACAGAAAUGAGGGAAGGUAACAACCCAUCGGGUUUAACCCAGUAGAAGCUGUACAGGUCAUGCUCUACUGCUGUCACUGGCAAAGAAGCUCUACAACCCUGUGUGUAGCUCUGACAUUGGUGUCAUUUCCCCCUACAGAA